AUGGCCGCGCCAUCUGUUAUACCGGUUGGUUGUGGCUAUUCCUCUCCUACCUUGUCCCGUCACGUUUCCAGGAAUGGAGGAGCUUAUUCACCUCUAGCUUCUUCGUCCUCCUCUUCUUUUCCGUCUUCUUGCUCCUCCUGCUCCUGUUCUUCCUCUCCGGGACUCAGCUUCUCUGCCGGUGUAAAUAGUAAUUGGAAACAUCAAGAUUUUAGAGCCCAAGCAAUGGAUACGGCCUCUCAAGGAAGUUUUCAAUCCUCCGAUGUACUGACCAAUGGAAGAAAUGACCCUGAUCAUCUUCUUGUUCUUGUUCAUGGCAUCCUUGCUAGCCCCAAUGACUGGACUUAUGUUCAAGCAGAUUUGAAAAAGCGCCUUGGAAGAAAUUUUAUGUUAUAUGCAAGUUCAUCAAACACCUUCACAAAAACUUUUGGUGGCAUAGAUGAAGCUGGCAAACGACUAGCAGAAGAAGUCAAACAAGUUGUAAGCAAUACAGAGAGUCUGAGAAGGAUUUCCUUUUUAGCUCAUUCUCUUGGCGGUUUGUUUGCAAGAUAUGCGAUUACAGUCCUUUAUUCAGAUUACACCAAUAAUCAGCUCAAACUUAAUGACGAUGUUGAUUCUGCCACUCGUCCCCGAAAGGCAAGCUCUUCAAGAAGUGGUAGAAUUGCUGGACUGGAGCCUGUCAAUUUUAUUACGUUAGCAACUCCUCAUCUUGGAGUCAGAGGUAGAAACCAGCUACCACUUCUCCUAGGAAUUCCCUUCUUAGAGAAACUUGUUCCUCCAAUCGCCCAUAUCUUUGUGGGCAAAACUGGUAAGGAGUUGUUUCUUACUGAUGGCCAGCCCAACAAACCACCUCUGCUUCUAAGAAUGACAUCAAACUGUGAAGAAGGAAAAUUUCUAGCUGCCCUUGGGGCAUUCAGAUGCCGCACAGUGUAUGCAAAUGUGUCUUAUGACCACAUGGUUGGGUGGCGCACUUCCUCCAUUAGAAGAGAGACAGAACUAAUGAACCCCCCUCGACGAUCAUUGGAUGGUUACAAGCAUGUUGUAGACGUCGAGUAUUGCCCUCCAGUCUCUACCGACGGCCCCCAUUUCCCUCCAGAAGCAGCAAAAGCCAAAGCAGCAGCACAGAAUGAUCCCAGCAACAAGAAUACAUCAGAGUAUCAUGAACUUAUGGAAGAGGAAAUGAUACACGGUCUGCAGCAGUUGGGAUGGAAAAAGGUGGAUGUCAGCUUUCACUCAGCAUUCUGGCCAUUCUUUGCGCACAACAACAUACACGUGAAAAACGAAUGGUUCCAUAAUGCCGGGGCUGGAGUUAUCGCUCACGUUGCAGAAAGCCUGAAGCAGCAAGAACCCUCUUCGUCCCACUUAACUGCUAGCUUGUAA